UCUAUCUCUCUCCUCUCUCUCAACAUGACAUCAAGAACAUUCAAAAGAUUUCUUAAUCCCAUUAAUGCUUUUCUCAUGCUUUCUCUCGUUUUCUCAGGAAAUUUACUACAGAGAGCAACAUCUCUUGGUAUCAAUUACGGACAAGUUGGGAACAAUUUGCCUUCACCGGAUAAAGUUAUUAACCUUUUGAGAUCUCUAAGGAUCACCAAAACAAGAAUCUACGACACUAAUCCUCAAAUUCUUACUUCCUUCGCAAAUUCAAACAUAGAGAUCAUCGUCACCAUCGAAAAUCAAGUGUUAACAUUGUUACAAGAUCCUCAACAAGCUCUCCAAUGGGUGGGUUCUCAUAUCAAACCCUAUAUUCCGGCCACAAGGAUCACCGGAAUCAUGGUCGGGAACGAGCUUUUCACCGACGAAGACUCUAGUUUAAUCGGAUACAUGAUGCCGGCUGUUAUCAACAUCCACAAAGCCUUGGUCCAACUAGGUUUAGAUAGACACAUUCAAGUCUCAUCUCCAAGCUCUCAGGCCGUCCUCGCCGAAUCUUAUCCUCCAUCAGCAGGAAGUUUCAAGCCGGAGGUCUCCUCUGUGAUGCAACAACUUCUACAAUUCUUGGAAGCCACGAAAUCUCCAUUUUGGAUAAAUGCUUACCCUUACUUUGCCUACAAAGAUAACCCACACAAAAUCCCCAUCGACUACGUUCUAUUCAACCGAAACAUCGGUAUGACCGAUCCCAACACAAGACUACAUUACGACAACAUGAUGUAUGCUCAAGUCGAUGCGGUUGCUUUCGCUGCUGCGAAACUAGGGUACCGUAACAUAGAAGUUAAGGUUGCUGAAACAGGGUGGCCUUCAAAAGGAGAUGCAGGAGAGAUUGGAGCGUCUCCUACGAAUGCUGCUACGUAUAAUAGGAAUCUUAUGAUGAGACAAUUCGCCGGAGAAGGGACUCCGGCGAGACGGAAUUCAAGGCUAGAUGUUUAUAUAUUUGCCUUGUUUAAUGAGGAUAUGAAACCCGGUCCUACUUCAGAAAAGAACUAUGGAAUAUUUCGACCUGAUGGAUCAUUGGCUUACAAUUUGGGAUUCUCUACGAUGUCGACUACCACUGCGAAUUCAGAAUCUGUCAAGUAUUCAUCUUACGCCACUAAGGCAAAGACGACCUUGGAGUAUUGGACAAUUUUGAUGUUGGCGAUGAUUCAAGUUGCAAUGUCGAGACUAUUUUAGACGGAAAGUUAUCGAGGAUAUAUAAUAACGUAAUUGGUUAGGAUAUUUUUCUAAACAAUUUGAUUAUUGAAGUUCGAUAAUAAAAGUUUCAUAUUCAAUUCUGAAUAUUUCACUAAAUUUGAUGGAUAAUUGUCGUCCUUAUCAUGUACAUUGGACUUAUGGAUAUCUUAACUCAUAUUGAUAAAUUAAUCUGUAAAUAAACAAAAGCAGUUUACUGUUUAAGAAAAACAUAUAUUGGAGGCUUGUCGCACAUGG